AUGACAUUCUCAGACCAAAAGACUUCAGUAUCUCACGCUAUUUAUGGACCGGUUCGAGACAUUAGCAUGACCUCGUAUUAUAACGCGCCUGGACCUUAUCUGACUGACAUUCGCAAUGGCGGCAACGAUCCCCAGCAACACUACAAUCCGCCAUCAAUCCAGAAUGGAGACUCUUGCGACCAGCGACAGUACAUGCAGCCACAGUACGCUUCGUCGCCAGUACAGGGCGCGACGUAUCCGCGAUUCCCGCCGUACGAUAGACUUGAGAUACGUCCCAUCACUGCUCAUUCAGACGAUUCCCAGAGUCCUCCAGGACACUAUUACACUCAGUGCAACCAAUCUCAGGGUAACAUGCCUCAGCCUGCGCACCAAUCACAACAGCACGCUCCUUUGACGCAUCCAAAUGCUUAUGUGCCACAAGAUGGGGUGCAACAGAACUGCAGGGGCUCCCCUACGGAGCCCCAGAACAUGGUACCCCAACAGUUUCCCAGUUGCAAACUCCAACAGCAGCAGAAUCCCCAAGGGAUGAUGCAAGAUCCCAAUGGUGUUCAUCGGCCGGUGGUCAAUCCUGACUGUGCGGCCAAUAACAUGCAUCCACAACAUUGCCAGAGCCCUGUGCAUUCCCCACAACAGAUGUAUCCACCAAACCAUGUUCAGCAACCCCCACCAAAUUCUCAAAAUGUCAAUCAAGUUCAGCCGGCAAGUGGUGGUCCUAGUCCUCUGUAUCCUUGGAUGCGUAGUCAGUUCGAAAGGAAACGAGGUCGUCAGACUUACACCCGCUACCAGACCCUGGAACUCGAGAAGGAAUUUCAUUUCAAUCGCUACUUGACGCGUCGGCGCAGGAUCGAGAUUGCGCACGCACUGUGUCUAACCGAGCGACAGAUCAAGAUCUGGUUCCAGAACCGACGCAUGAAGUGGAAAAAAGAAAACAAGGCCAAACUCGAGUCUGGCCUCAUCAUGGGGCCCGGCGGGCCGGAACUGGUCCAUCACCUGGACAGGCCGCCAAUGACAUCGGUCUGA